AUGGGUACUAGGACACCCCUUGCAGCUUUCUCUUCAUCCCCAUCCUCCUCGAAGCAUUGGAUGUAUGAUGUGUUCUUGAGCUUCAGAGGUGAAGACACACGCUACAACUUCACGGGCCACCUCUACAUGGCAUUAAAAGAGGCUGGAAUCAACGUCUUUAUCGAUGAUGAUGAACUUGAAAAUGGGGAAGAUAUAGCAGCUGAACUGGUCCAGGCAAACCUAGGGUCUAGUAUCUCUGUCAUCGUCUUCUCACGGAGAUAUGCAGCUUCCAGUUGGUGUCUUGAGGAGCUUGUGAAGAUCAUGGAGUGUAAAAGAACACUUAGGCAAAUGGUUUUUCCAAUAUUCUAUGAUGUUGAUCCUUCAGAUGUAAGGAAACAGACUGGUUGGUUUGGAGAAGCAUUCGUGAAACACGAGGACCGCUUCCUGUUAGAUACGGAUAAGGUACAGAGGUGGAGAUCUGCUCUUACUGAAGCUGCAACUUUGUCUGGCUGGGAUCUUAGAAGCACUGCUGAUGGGUCAAUAUUGCUAAUCUCUUUGGACAAUGAUUAA